AAGGGGGUACACAUAACGUGGGCGUCCCAAACUGACGGCGGCAAGCUGUUAGGAAGCUGUCGUUAUUGUUCUGAUGACUGAGUAGAUUCGCGUGGCCGGAGUGUGAGGCAGUUACACUUCCUGUCCCAUACCAACAUACCAUUUAUAGCCAACUGAAAAACAGUUUCCUUUGCUUACGUGCGAUUCUCUGUGUACUCCGGCUUCCUCCCACAGUCUAAAACAAUGCAAGUUCAGUUUACCGGAGACUAUAAAUUGUCCAUUGGCAUAGUUGUAAACGAAAUACCUUUGAGAAAAUGGGAGUCUCGUUUGUUAAGUCCACAGGUCCAUUUUAUGUCUAGAUUGAGGUCAUGCGUUUGUUGGUACAGUAAAUAUGACAUUCCAGUCUAUUCUAACUAAUUGUUAAUACCUCUUUGUGCGAAACCUGACUCGUGUACUGCUCAAAACAUUUAAGUUGAAUCAAGUCACCUGAAAAGGGUUGCUAACAACACCAUCGGUCACGCCACCUUGCAUAAAAUGAGAUAUUUUAAUGAUGAACUGUAUGUUCUAUUUUCACUGUUGGACUUGUAUCCAAAAAGUCAUAAACAUUUUGGUGAGUUGAGGGGGUGGGCGUGAAGGGUUUUAUUCCGAGCCUGUUGCUGCUGUUUCGACACAAAAGGGAACAAACAAGCUUCCGAGAUACUCAAACGCCUUGUCUCCUCAAAUAGUUGUGUUGAACAAAACGUGGCCGAUUUCGACAAAGGAUCGACAUUACAUAAGGUUUAAUCCGAUGUUUAUCGUGUCCUUUCCGUGCUGCUUGUAUAAUCCCGUUGCGUUACCGAACAAACAUUUCGGAGAGCGAAACAGCUUUGUACAUUCGACGUGUAGUGUGUUGUUCGUGUUUUUUGCCUUCUCUAUGAGGAAAUUGCGGAAAGCACAAAGGGGAAGACAAGUCAGUCACUGACGUCACUCAUCUGGCAACAAGAGUGAACGCGUCCGUCUCUCUCGUCGCUGAUUGGCCGGGGCCCAUCAAGCUCGCGAUGUGAUUGGUCGCGGACGGCCUGCCAUCAGCAACAGGGACGAGCCGAGGGCGACAUUUUGUAGCAAAUCAGACGCAGACGGAAAAGAAGACGAGAGAGAAAGGAGGCGAUAGCUUCUCGGAGUUUGUUUUCCCAUCAACUAGGGUGACCACCAACCAAAUUUGUGGGGAAUACGAAAGAGGGAUAUCUGUUUCGCCGAAACAACGAACCGGACGAAAGGCUUCGACGAUCGAGCCUGUAGAAGUCGGUCCCGCGGCUUCGUGGUGAAUCGUGUGCGCCGAGGUGAAUUCAUGUUCAGCUCGACUCCGCGACCAAGCGACGCCCAUUGGCACUCGACGACCGCCAGCCCGGCAGACUCGACGGGACCAAGACCCCUCGGUAGCAGCAGUCGUCGACCCGACGGCGACGACAUCAUUGGUGUCGACUGUUGUUCUCGGAGACGGAGGACGCUGUCAAAAAAAGGCGCAAGGCAGACGAAAAGGACGAAGAAGAGGAAUCUCUUCCUGGCCGACUUGGUGGCAACAAAGAGGUGACAAUCAAAGUGAAGCAUCAUGGGAGGUGGAGGCGGAGAGCGGUGCGGCAACAUUCCGGGCCCCCACCAUGAGCGCCCCAAGAAGAAGAACCAGCAGCUGGGCCGCAGCAAGCAGAGGGGCCGCGACCAGAACGGCAACGUGACGUCGUCCGCGGGGCCCGGCGUCCUCCACCACCACCACCACCGCCGCCGCAACAACGACAAGGGCGACCUGGUGUACCAAUGCUCCCCGGAGGCGCGGCAGGCCGAGGCGGCCGCUUCCAUCGCCCGCCUGGCCGCCGCCUACCAGCACGACUGGGAGGGGGCAGUGUCCCACCUCAACACGCUGCUGAGCGCCCGGGGCAGCCCCGCCUAUGCCGGGCCCAAGUUCAGCGAGCCGCCCUCGCCCAGCGUGCUGCCCAAGCCGCCCAGUCACUGGGUGGCCUUCCCAAUGAGUGCCGGCGAGAGCAGGGAGAUGAUGACCUUCCAGCUCAAGAGCCUCUUAAAGGUGCCGGCCUGACGGGGCGAAUGGCCGUGGUACACUUUUUAAAGAGCUUUUUUUUUCCCCCAAACCAAAUCACACAUUACAACUCUCUUGCCUUGCUGGCGACGACAAAGCGGAACCCCCCCCCCCUUUUUUUUGCGUCGGUUUUCGUUCUUUUUAUUUUGGCUAUCAAAGCAGAUUGUGUGCACUUAUUUUUCCAUGUUAAUUCCCGUCCACCUCUGUGGACAUAUACAGCCAUUUUUCAUUUUGAUACUCAAUAACGAGUUGCCGGCACGCGGUCCAAUCUCCUUUUUUAUGUAGCACAUUUCAGAACGAGAGCCACCGCAGUGUUCUCGUUUCCAAACAGUGGGACACUCAACUGCGAUUCUGCUGGGAAAUCAUGUGUACAUUGUUUUUAAUGCACGCAGGCCUUAGGCAGUCGACUCCUGUGUAUCCUUCCUUAUUUUCAUUUUUUUUUUUUAAAUUUUAAUCGCGCUGUGCGCACAUGCACUACAGAAGGCGGCUGCUGUAAGGCCUGGCUGGCACUCAUGUUCACGCUGCCUCUCAAAGACAAAGUUUUUCCUCUGUCACUCUUGUUUGUUGUCCUCCUUUUUUGGAGGGAGCAUCCCAAAGGGGGCGGCGCCCACUUGAGUCAAAUAUUAGACGCGACAGACGUUCAGUUAGUGUGACACUGUCAAUGUCCCUCGUGAAGGGCAAAAUGGCGGACAAGUCACGGCGUCGCUUGCGUUUGUCGGGUGUCCAAGUGGUCUUGUGCUUUGGCUGGGCCGUGCGUCAACCAAAGCUGUUACCUCUUCCCCACCCCGAUGUUCCCCCGACUCGGUCUCAUCUUGUAAGGCCCACUUGUGCCGCUAAGGCACGCGGAAGAGGACCCAUUCAUUGGGUCCUGUCUGCGGCACCAUUUGGCAUUGAAGAGAGAAGACCGCGGCGCCAAUUUGUGACGUUACGUGAGCGGUGUGCGUUGUUUACGUUCCAUCAUGAGUUCAUGAGCCCAUUUUGCACUGCACUUGCUCCACAUGUGUCAUCGUUACAGGCUGCGUGCGAUGUUUUUCCUUCUCGUAAGCUGUUUUUUUUUUUAAUUUGUUGUUGCUUUCCCCCGUGCAGAACUGAAUCUGCUUCAUAGCCAGACUAGAGACGACAAAACCUCAUUUGUUGAUCAUGUCUUUCAGGAGCCAUGUAAAUACGACUCAUGACAACAUGUAUAAAAUUCUUGUAGCAUAUUAUACAGUUGCAAGCCAAGGGUUUGGAGGAGGCUUGCGGAUGAAAAGUAUUUUUAGUACUCAUGAUAACACUGAAUGUACGAGGCGCAUAUGCCGUCUCAACUUUGCCGAUGCUGAAGAAUAUUUUUGUUAAGAAAAAAAAGAAAACCAUGCAUUUACCAGUACGAGGGAGCCCUGCACUGAAGUCCUUCCGGAGAUCUUGCACACGUUUUGUUUCUUAAAAAUGUUUUGUACGAUGCAGUGUAGGGUGAAAGAGAAGAGUUGAUAAUUGGAACUGGGGAGAUUUGCUCAUGCGUGACGUUCACCUUUAGAACUCUGCGUUCAAGCCCCUUUUGAAAAACAAUUUGAAUCUUGUCCUAUUUUUUUUUUCAGAAGCACCCACAACUCUCAGCUGUUCUUCCGCCAGCUGAUUUUUUUUACAGUCGAUUACUAUGGUUAUCCAGUUUAGUCACGCAUUGCAGUCUCCCCAUGCUAAAUUAGAAGUCGUCUUGUCAUUAAUUGGAUUUGAAUUUGUCCCCAGCGAUUAUGUCAUUGUAUGUGAAGACGAAAAUGCCCCGUUUAAAAUUGUUAACAAUUGGCUUGAAGAAUCCGAGAAAAAAAAAGACUCUUGAUUUGAUGAGUUAGAUUUGACAACAAAUAAAAAUAAAAUCCCCCCCUUUACCCCCCCAAA